AUUUGUAUAUUUCCUUCUAGAUCCGUACCUUUCGGUCCAAGAUCCAUCGCCUCUAAGCCACCAUGCGCCUCCAUCGUGCCUUUUGUCAAAACCCAGCUUUUACCACCUUCAUUGCCUCCACAGUAUUACCAUCCCUAUUGGCAGAGGUAAUUGAGAUUUUUGUGCAUGGGUUUAUGAAUAACUAUUAUACAUGGUAUGUUCAUGGAGAGACAUCUAGCAAUACCGUAAUAAACUUUGAAGGGGAAUCUUCUAAGAUGGAGUUUGUUAGACAUGAGAUAAAUGCAUUAUACCAUGAAAUGGUAGUUGAUGCAAUGGGUGCACAGUCUAAAUACAAUGAGGGGCUAAUGGUUGAGGAGCCAAAUAGUAAGGCAAGAGAAUUUUAUGAUCUCUUGCAUGCUGUAGAAGUUCAUAUAGGUGUUGGAGGAUAGGAUGUUACAGUACUUUCAUGGAUGACAGAAAUGCUAAACAUGAAAACUCUUUAUAAUAUAAGUGUUGCUAAUUAGGACAUGGCAUUGUCAUUGAGUCGAAAGUUGUUAAGUCCAGAGGACCAAGAAAAUGUGCCAAAGGAUUUCUACAAUGCAAAAAAAUGAUAAAUGUGCUUGGACUUGGGUACAAGAAAAUUGACAUUUGUGUCAAUAAUUGCUUUUUGUACUAUGAUGAGCAAAGUAAGAAUUUAACUGCUUGUCCAGUGUGUGCAGAAUCCUGUUAUGAGCUGAGGAAUAUGUCUGCUAUAAGGCAGAAAGAUGUUCCAAGGAAAUCUUUGUGACAACAGAGCACAUGACAUGGCAUUUGAAAUGUCGUGAGGAUGCGGCUAAAGUUAUUCAUCCUGCGGCUAGUGAGGCAUGGAAACACUUUGAUAAAACCCACCCAACAUUUGCUGAUGAACCUAGAAAUGUUAGACUUGGCCUUUGUACAGAUGGUUUCAAUCCAUUUGGUUGCUUUGCAACACCUUACUCUUGUUGGCCUAUUUUUCUUAUAGUGUACAUACAACCUUUCUCCUGAAUUGUUUAUGAAGUUAGAGCAUAUAUUUCUUGCCAUGAUAAUUGCUGGACCUAAAAGUCCAUGAAAAAACAUUGAUGUCAUGCUUAGGCCAUUAAUUGAUGAACUUAAGGAAUUGUGGACAAAUGGGGUUGAAACUUAUGAUAGUUUCAGACAACAGAAUUUUAUCAUGAAAGCUGCAUUGCUAUGGACUAUAAGUGAUUUUCUAGGUUAUGGCAUGUUAUCUGGAUGGAGCACACAUGGGAAGUUGUCAUGCCCUU